GAUCGCAUCCUGCAGCUCCUCUCAGAGUCCCAGGGUAACAUUCUUGACGACGAGGAGUUGAUCAACACUUUGGCGACUUCCAAGACGGCCUCUCUUCGAAUAGAGGAGCGUGUGGCUGAGCAGGAGAAGACCCAGGCGCAAGUGCAAGAGACGAGGGCGACCUAUGUGCCCGUGGCGGUUCGUGCAAGUGCUCUGUUCUUCGUGAUCGCGGACCUCUGCAACGUGGAGCCGAUGUACCAAUAUAGCUUGGAAUGGUUCUACAGCAUCUACGAGCAAGCCAUUGCUGCAGCGGAGCGCUUCGAACGAAACAUUCAAAAGCGCCUGACGGCGCUGCAGUCGAAGUUCCUGGAAAUGCUGUUUGAACAAACAUGCCACUCACUCUUCGAGAAGGACAAGCUCAUGCUGUCCCUGUUGCUUGCCUUCAAGUCCAUGGAGGUUGACGACGACAUCAACCUCGAAGAGAAGAGACUGCUCCUCAUGGCUCUGGGGGGUGGCAGCGCGCACCUACCGAAACCCGCGGAAGAAUGGCUUACCGAGAAGAUGUGGAGCAGGAUCUGCGUCUUGGAUAAAGUGGGCAAAGGGCCUUGGUACAAGUUUGCCACCUCCUUCCAGGACAACAUCGAGAAGUGGAAGGCUCUUUUCGACUCUGACAACCCUGUGGCUCACAACUGGCCUGGCAAGGAGCAGAUGUCGGCACUGCAGCGGGCUUUGGUAUUGCUGGCCGUACGCACAGACUGUACCAUCGCGGGCCUUCAAGAGGUCAUUUCCACCAACCUGGGCAAGAACUUUCUGGAACCACCUGGCUUCAACCUGGAGAAGUCGUUCCAUGGCAGCAAUGCGUGCAAGCCGCUCAUCUUCGUGUUGUCGUCGGGAGCCGAUCCAAUGGUCGAAGUCAUUCGUCUGGCGCAGAAGGUGGGCAUGAACGAGCGGUAUACGACC